UUGGCCAACGAUGGAUCUGUUUCGGUCGGAGCCAAUGCAAUUGGUGCACCUGAUCAUUCCGAUUGACUCGUCUCGCCGCGCCAUCUCCUACCUCGGCGAGCUCGGCCUUUUUCAAUUCAAAGAUCUCAAUGCGGAGAAGAGUCCGUUCCAGAGAACUUACGCCGCUCAGAUCAAACGAUGCGGGGAAAUGGCUAGAAGGUUACGAUUCUUUAGAGAUCAGAUGAGGAAGGCUGGGUUGUUGUCACAAUCAACAAUGUCGACAAUGAGCAAUGAAACUGAUCUCGAUAGCUUGGAGGUUAAACUCGGUGAACUUGAAGGUGAUUUGUUAGAAAUGAAUGCAAAUAAUGAACAAUUGCAACGCACUUAUAACGAGCUAUUAGAAUACAAGCUUGUACUGCAGAAGGCUGGGGAGUUUUUUAGUUCAGCUCAAAGUAUUGCCGCAGCUCAGCAGAGAGAAAUUGAAGUGCAGCCCAUGGGUGAAAGAUCCAUGGACAGUCCAUUAUUACUCGAACAAGAAAUGACAACAGAUCCAUCAAAGCAUGUAAAGCUUGGGUCCGUGAGUGGUCUUGUUCCAAGAGAAAAAUCUAUGGCCUUUGAAAGGAUUCUAUUUCGUGCCACCAGGGGUAAUGUAUUUCUGAAGCAAUCUGUCGUUAAUGGUGCUGUUGUUGAUCCUGUAUCAGGAGAGAAGGUUGAGAAAAAUGUAUUUAUCAUCUUCUAUUCCGGAGAAAGGGCAAAGAGUAAAAUUCUGAAAAUAUGUGAGGCUUUUGGAGCAAACCGUUACCCAUUUACAGAUGACUUGGGAAAACAAUUUCAGAUGAUUACUGAGGUGUCUGGAAAAAUUUCAGAGCUGAAGUCUACUAUUGAUGCUGGACUGUUGCAUCGGAACAGUUUAUUACAGACAAUUGGACAUCAAUAUGAACAAUGGAAUCUUCUGGUGAAGAAGGAAAAAUCCAUUUACCACACCUUAAAUAUGCUGAGCAUCGAUGUGACAAAGAUGUGCCUUGUGGCAGAAGGUUGGUGUCCCGUAUCAGCGUCACUUCAGAUCCAAAAUGCACUGCAGCAGGCAACCUACGAUAGCAACUCCCAAGUUGGGGCCAUAUUCCAGGUUUUGCACACAAAGGAAUCGCCACCUACAUAUUUCCGUACAAACAAAUUUACUACUGCUUUUCAAGAAAUUGUUGAUGCAUAUGGGGUUGCGAAGUAUCAGGAGGCUAAUCCUGGUGUAUAUACCAUUGUCACUUUCCCUUUCCUUUUUGCUGUGAUGUUUGGAGACUGGGGGCAUGGUAUUUGCUUGUUGCUGGCAACACUAUAUUUCAUCAUCAGCGAGAGAAAGUUUUCUAAUCAGAAACUUGGGGACAUUAUUGAAAUGACGUUUGGUGGGCGUUACGUUAUAUUUAUGAUGGCGCUGUUCUCAAUCUACACAGGAUUGAUAUACAAUGAAUUCUUUUCAGUCCCAUUUGAACUGUUUGGCCCUUCUGCCUAUGCAUGCCGCGACCCAUCCUGCAGGGAUGCCACAACAGUGGGUUUGACUAAGGUGCGUGACACCUAUCCAUUUGGUUUGGACCCUAAAUGGCAUGGUUCCAGGUCCGAGUUACCCUUUCUGAACUCGUUGAAGAUGAAGAUGUCAAUCCUCCUAGGAGUAGCGCAGAUGAAUCUUGGAAUUGUAUUAAGUUAUGUCAAUGCAAAAUUUUUUGCUGAUAAGCUGAAUGUCUGGUACCAAUUUGUUCCUCAGAUGAUAUUUCUGAACAGUCUGUUUGGCUACCUUUCGCUCCUAAUUAUUGUGAAAUGGUGCACUGGUUCAAAAGCUGAUUUGUAUCAUGUAAUGAUAUACAUGUUCCUGAGUCCUUUCGACGAUCUGGGUGAAAACCAGCUCUUUUGGGGGCAAGGAUUCCUUCAGGUUCUAUUAUUACUAUCAGCUCUUGUUGCUGUUCCAUGGAUGCUGUUUCCAAAGCCUUAUUUCUUGAAGAAGCAGCAUGAGGAGAGGCACCAAGGUCAAUCCUACGCGUUGCUUCUGAGUGGGGAGGAUCCUCUUGAUGAUGACCAGGAAGACCAUCACAAAUCAAAAGAUCACGAGGAAUUUGAAUUCAGCGAGAUCUUUGUACACCAACUUAUACAUACCAUAGAAUUUGUUCUUGGAGCAGUGUCCAAUACAGCUUCAUAUUUGCGUUUAUGGGCACUCAGCUUAGCACAUUCAGAGUUGUCCAGUGUAUUUUACGACAAGGUUCUACUUCUAGCUUGGGGGUACGACAAUGUCAUUAUUCUAAUCAUUGGCAUAAUCGUUUUUAUAAGUGCAACUGGUGGAGUGCUACUAGUGAUGGAGACCUUGAGUGCGUUCUUGCAUGCCUUGAGGCUUCACUGGGUGGAGUUCAUGAACAAGUUUUAUGAGGGCUCUGGUUACAAAUUCUACCCUUUUUCAUUUGCAUUACUCAGCAGUGAGGACGAUGAUUGAAACAUUGCGAUUUUUGAUUCGUACAGUCCUAUAAUUCAAGAUGUAAAAUAGAAAUGUAUUGAUUCGAUUCAUUAUACACAAAAUAUAUACUCUGCACUGUAAUACGAACUGAUAGAAUGUAUUCCUUCCACAAUGUGGAGUUUUUGGGAUUGAAAGAGGAUGAAAGAUGCAAGUACAGGUG